AUGAAGAGGAAGAGGAAGAGAUGUGAGGGUAAAGGAGGUGUGAGAGAAGGAGACCAGCUGAUCGCAAACCAGCUGAUCGAAAAACCAAUUGAUCGCAAACUAGCCGAUCGCAAACCAGCUGAUCGCAAACCAACUGAUCGCAAACCAGCUGAUCGUAAACCAGCUGAUCGCAAACCAGCUGGUCGCAAACCAGCUGAUCGCAAACCAGCUGAUCGCAAACCAACUGACCGCAAACCAGCUGAUCGCAAACCAGCUGAUCGCAAACCAGCUGAUCGCAAACCAGCUGAUCGCAAACCAGCCGAUCGCAAACCAACUGAUCGAAAAACCAAUUGA